CUGAAGGAGGGCAGUAAACUCAACCUGUGCAGCCGUAUUCUUCGAGAAAGGCAGAAGAGAGUUUGAACUAUGGCAAGCCAGGACUUAAUGGCGAAAAAAAGAGAAUGUCUCCAGGCCUACAGCUGGUGGAGAACACCACAGAAGAAACGGAAGAAAAAGAACAAAAUAAAACCAGGAAGAAUAGAGUUUGUCCCUAGUAGUAGUUCAGCCAGACCGGAUUAUUCAAUAUUUGUUGGGGAGCUUACUCCAGAAGUAGAUGAUUUCCAGCUCUAUGACUAUUUCCUAAAGAGGUACCCCUCAUGUAUUGACUGCAAAAUAGCAACAGACCUGCUGGGAUAUUCCAGAGGGUAUGCCUUUGUCAGAUUUGGUGAGCAAGGUGAUCAGAUGAGGGCACUGCAAGACUGCCAGAAUGCACCAGGUCUGGGGGGAAAACGAAUCCGGCUGAGCAUAGGAAUUUCUAAAAGACUUAAAGCAGAAUUCCAGCGGUACCAGUCAUACAACUAUAAUGAUUAUUACCAAGAUUAUCAGAACUAUUACUCACAGUGGGGUUAUGAUCCUUAUGCUGACUACAACUACAGCUCCUAUGCUCCCUAUGACAGCAUGCAAGCUGUUGGAGACUGCUCUUUAGGAGAGGCUGUUAUGGCUCCAGCUGUUUUUGAGGAAACUGCAGCUAUGACUGAAAUCAGUGAUGACCUAAUAACUGAAGAUCCACAGCUUUACUUUGAUGUUGAUGAAAUGAACAGACAAUUUAUGGAGACAAGUGAAGAACUCUAUGAUUCCCUCAUGAAUUGUCACUGGCAACCUCUGGAUACGGUCACUUCUGACAUCCCCCCUGCUAUUUAAGUGUCUUAUAUAGCAUGACCGUUAUGACCAAGGUGCUAAAAUUACAUUUCUUCUACAUUACUCUAGAUCAUAAGUUUUAAAGCACAAUGAUAGGUUGGGUUUUUUUGCUAUGCUUUUGACAGUUUCUGUAACUUUUUUUUUUGAUCAUCACUCUACUCUUGGAGCAUCUUGAAAUCAUGUAAAUAUUCUAGAAAUGUAAAGAGUUCAAUGGGGUCUAAAGAUAGACUUGCCUGUGUAAAUAAAAUUUUGUUUCUGCAAA